AAUAUAUAAACUCGCGCCUCGCCCCCCGCAUUACACUAUCGAAUGUCGAUUUAGCUUGAAUUCUCUCCUCUCUCACUCGGUCUCCUUUGCUAGGUUAGUCACUGCUUGGCAAAUGUCUUUUGACAUCGGCGGGAAUCAUUUUUCAAUUAUUUGGUUUGGUUUCAUGAAUUGGAGAAGGCUCUGGUGUUUGGAAUAUCUAUUGGACAUGAAAAUUGGCAUUUUAUUUUUCUGGAAAGCUUCCUUCUCAUUGCCUUCUAAGUAGAGUUAAUUAAUUGUUUCUGUGGAAGACGUCCUCCUGGGACUUAAUUUUGAAUUAAUUUAUGGGGAAAGCACUGCGUCUACCUCCGGGGUACCGAUUUCAUCCCACUGAUGAUGAGCUGGUUCUGCUCUAUCUAAAAAGGAAAAUAAAGGGUGAACGUUUCUAUUCUAAAGCAGUUGCAGAGGUUGAUAUCUACAAGUUUGCCCCUUGGGAACUUCCAGAUAAAUUCAAAUCCGGAAGUGGUGAUUUGCAAUGGUACUUCUUAUGCCCAGUGGAGAGAAAGUAUUCUAGAGGGCAUAGAAUCAAUCGUGAAACCAGAGAUGGGUGCUGGAAAAAAACCGGAAAUGAUAUUUCUGUUCAUCACGAUAAAGAGUUGGUGGGGUCAAAAAAAACAUUGGUUUUUCACAAGAACCUCAACUCGACAGCUAUAGGGAUACGAGGAGGAAAAUCAACACAAAGGGAACGAACUGAUUGGGUUAUGCACGAGUACAGCCUUGGAGAUCAGUAUAUGGCCAAGGAAGGAAUUGUCAAGAACACAUAUGUGCUCUGUAUGAUUUUCCAGAAGGAGGGCCUAGGGCCAAGAAAUGGUGCUCAAUACGGAGCACCAUUUAAGGAGGAAGAAUGGAAUUAUGAUGAGGAUGACGACUCUGCAGAAGCUGUCACUUUAGCUGGUUCGUUGCCUAGUAGCAGUAGCGGUUUGGCUGCUAUCGACACCAAGUUCUCGGGUGGCACAACAUCUGAGUCAUGUUUAUCUGAAGCUAUGCAGUCACAAUGUGAGGGGUUUUCUGCAGUUCUCAAUAAUGAUGCCUCAAAUGAGUUAUCUCAAGUAUUGGGCAAUAGCAUUCUUCCAGAAGUGCUUACUUCCUUCAAAGAGGACAACCCUGCGAUUUUGAGUGAAGAUGACAAAAAUAAGGUACUUAACAAAAUCAUAAACAUGUGUGGCACACCACGUUUCUGUUUCCUUUACAGUUUAGGUAACGCAGCAUUUUUGUUUUUGGAUUUACAAUCUUGCUGUUCUUGUUGUUAUAUUCAUUUUAUCUUGGAUAAGCAUCUAAUGAUCUAAUUUUUCCUCGCCUUUGUCUAACAUAUUAUGGAUUGAACCUUCAAAGUCAAUUUUCAUGUGUACCACGUUUCGUUAAAAAUAACUGUUUGGCAUUUUGACAAUUGGCCAUUCUGUGAAAGCAAAGAAGAAAGAUGAAUCUUGGUAAUUGCCUUAUUAAUAGUAUGUAAUACGUCUCCAUUUGAAACAUUGUUUGCUGUCAGAAAAUCAUUACUGUUAUGGUAUAUUUGCGAAUGCAUUGUCUUAUAGUUUAGAUUAGGUCAGUCUGUCUGCCGGAAUUUCUGGAGUUGGGCUUCUUUUUUUUCUUUUUCCUUUUUCUGUUCCUUCUUCUUUGCAUUAUAACUGGCCUUUUUCCUAAUGUACUUCUCUUUGCCUUUUGAUAAUCCUCUUUGAUAUCUUGCAUUGGACGACAUAGCCUUUAUUUCUUGGGAAUCUAUCGUUUCCAUUGGGACGUUACAGAUGAAUUUCUGAAUGUUUUACAGUUGAUCAUGGUAGCAUUGUCUUCUGUGAGUUGUGCUUGCAAAUUUCUUUGAAGCUUUAAUAUUUACUGAGGUAUAAUAUA